AUGCGAAUAUAUACUUAUUUAUCAAAGAAAGUCGGAGACUUGACCAUUAAAUAUUCAAAUUUUCCAGAAUCUUACGUAAAGCGAAGUUUUGAGCAGGUCUACUGGAGAACCCCUAAGGGUUAUCCACAAUAUACCGAUGCCGAGGUAUCACGCAAAAAGUUUCGCUUUACUACCAAUAGACCUUGGACAGGGGCGUUUGCGCGGCAAAAUGAACGCGGAACGUUAAGGAAGAAAGUAUUUGUUGAACCAAUAAAAGAAUGGAGUUUUUUUAAAGGUGACCGUGUUGAAAUAUUGGUGGGUAAGGACAAAGGCAAGCAAGGAAUAGUCGCUCAAGUCAUACAAGAGAGAAAUUGGGUUUUUGUUGAAGGAUUAAACACUCACUUGAGAGUUGUAGGAAAAGAUAAGGAAUUUCCAGGAAUAGUAGUACAAAAUGAAGCUCCUUUGCUAGUUACCACAGAUGUCAAACUUGUUGAUCCUGAAAGUUUAAAAGCCACAGAAGUCGAAUGGAGAUACACUGAAGAUGGGGAAAAGGUUCGUGUCUCGGUGAGCAGUAGUAGAAUAAUACCAAUACCAAAAGCAGCAGAGGAGACCACAGAUUAUAAAAGCAAAGAGCUUUAUAUAGAAAAUCCUGAGAAGGACACAACCGCAGAUGAAGCUGCUAAGAUAACAUUUUCACCCAAGCUCCGCACAUUUGAAAUGGAUAUAAUGGAAGAGAUGGGCAUCAAAGAGGAUCGGGUUCCUGCUAUGUCUUAUUGGUAUUAA